AUGUUCUUUUGGUUCAGAAUCCUUAGUCCUGUCCUUAGUCCUGUCCUUAGUCCUGUCCUUAGUCCUGUCCUUAGUCCUGUCCUUAGUCCUGUCCUUAGUCCUGUCCUUAGUCCUGUCCUUAGUCCUGUCCUUAGUCCUGUCCUUAGUCCUGUCCUUAGUCCUGUCCUUAGUCCUGUCCUUAGUCCUGUCCUUAGUCCUGUCCUUAGUCCUGUCCUUAGUCCUGUCCUUAGUCCUGUCCUUAGUCCUGUCCUUAGUCCUGUCCUUAGUCCUGUCCUUAGUCCUGUCCUUAGUCCUGUCCUUAGUCCUGUCCUUAGUCCUGUCCUUAGUCCUGUCCUUAGUCCUGUCCUUAGUCCUGUCCUUAGUCCUGUCCUUAGUCCUGUCCUUAGUCCUGUCCUUAGUCCUGUCCUUAGUCCUGUCCUUAGUCCUGUCCUUAGUCCUGUCCUUAGUCCUGUCCUUAGUCCUGUCCUUAGUCCUGUCCUUAGUCCUGUCCUUAGUCCUGUCCUUAGUCCUGUCCUUAGUCCUGUCCUUAGUCCUGUCCUUAGUCCUGUCCUUAGUCCUGUCCUUAGUCCUGUCCUUAGUCCUGUCCUUAGUCCUGUCCUUAGUCCUGUCCUUAGUCCUGUCCUUAGUCCUGUCCUUAGUCCUGUCCUUAGUCCUGUCCUUAGUCCUGUCCUUAGUCCUGUCCUUAGUCCUGUCCUUAGUCCUGUCCUUAGUCCUGUCCUUAGUCCUGUUCUUAGUCCUGUCCUGAGUCCUGUCCUGAGUCCUGUCCUUAGUCCUGUCCUUAGUCCUGUCCUUAGUCCUUCCUGUCCUGUCCUUAGUCCUGUCCUUAGUCCUGUCCUUAGUCCUGUCCUUAGUCCUGUCCUUAGUCCUGUCCUUAGUCCUGUCCUUAGUCCUGUCCUUAGUCCUGUCCUUAGUCCUGUCCUUAGUCCUGUCCUUAGUCCUGUCCUUAGUCCUGUCCUUAGUCCUGUCCUUAGUCCUGUCCUUAGUCCUGUCCUUAGUCCUGUCCUUAGUCCUGUCCUUAGUCCUGUCCUUAGUCCUGUCCUUAGUCCUGUCCUUAGUCCUGUCCUUAGUCCUGUCCUUAGUCCUGUCCUUAGUCCUGUCCUUAGUCCUGUCCUUAGUCCUGUCCUUAGUCCUGUCCUUAGUCCUGUCCUUAGUCCUGUCCUUAGUCCUGUCCUUAGUCCUGUCCUUAGUCCUGUCCUUAGUCCUGUCCUUAGUCCUGUCCUUAGUCCUGUCCUUAGUCCUGUCCUUAGUCCUGUCCUUAGUCCUGUCCUUAGUCCUGUCCUUAGUCCUGUCCUUAGUCCUGUCCUUAGUCCUGUCCUUAGUCCUGUCCUUAGUCCUGUCCUUAGUCCUGUCCUUAGUCCUGUCCUUAGUCCUGUCCUUAGUCCUGUCCUUAGUCCUGUCCUUAGUCCUGUCCUUAGUCCUGUCCUUAGUCCUGUCCUUAGUCCUGUCCUUAGUCCUGUCCUUAGUCCUGUCCUUAGUCCUGUCCUUAGUCCUGUCCUUAGUCCUGUCCUUAGUCCUGUCCUUAGUCCUGUCCUUAGUCCUGUCCUUAGUCCUGUCCUUAGUCCUGUCCUUAGUCCUGUCCUUAGUCCUGUCCUUAGUCCUGUCCUUAGUCCUGUUCUUAGUCCUGUCCUUAGUCCUGUCCUUAGUCCUGUCCUUAGUCCUGUCCUUAGUCCUGUCCUUAGUCCUGUCCUUAGUCCUGUCCUUAGUCCUGUCCUUAGUCCUGUCCUUAGUCCUGUCCUUAGUCCUGUCCUUAGUCCUGUCCUUAGUCCUGUCCUUAGUCCUGUCCUUAGUCCUGUCCUUAGUCCUGUCCUUAGUCCUGUCCUUAGUCCUGUCCUUAGUCCUGUCCUUAGUCCUGUCCUUAGUCCUGUCCUUAGUCCUGCCCUUAGUCCUGUCCUUAGUCCUGGCAUUAGUCCUGGCAUUAGUCCUGUCCUUAGUCAACUAUAA